AUGCUGUGCCUGCCGGUCGCCUUCCAGCUGGUGCUGGUGCUGGUGCUGUGCAGCCAGGGCACGGAGCGGUGCCCGUCAGCCUUCUGCGAGUGUUCCGACUGGGACGACUACAAAAUCACCUGCAGGGACAUCCACUUCAUCCCCAGCCUGCCGGAGCACACUCAGACCCUGAGGUUUAUGGAGACUCAUCUAAGAACAAUUCCAAGUGAAGCUUUUUCCAAUCUCCCCAACAUCUCUAGGAUCUACAUCUCCAUAGAUGAAACCCUUCAGAGUCUGGAGGCUCAUUCCUUCAACAGUUUAAGUAAAGUCACUCAUAUUGAAAUUCGAAAUCUUAGAAACUUGGAUUACAUAGAUCCAGAUGCCUUUAAGAACCUCCCACUGUUGAAAUAUCUCGGUAUUUUUAAUACUGGACUCAAAGUAUUUCCAGACCUCACCAAAAUCUACUCAUCUGAUGUGAACUUUUUACUUGAAAUUGCAGAUAAUCCUUUCAUGACUUCAGUGCCUGCAAAUGCUUUCCAUGGGCUCUGUAAUGAAUCUCUAACCCUCAAACUCUACAAUAAUGGUUUUACCAGCAUCCACGGUCAUGCUUUUAAUGGGACAAAUCUAGAUGCUAUCUAUCUUCACAAGAACAAAUACCUGAAAGUUAUCAAUGAAGAUGCAUUUCUGGGAGUGCACAGCGGACCAACUCUACUGGAUAUAUCCAGAACAGAGAUUGUUAAUCUUCCAGCCAAAGGACUGGAAAGCCUUAAAGAACUAAUGGCCAAAAACACGUGGACUUUAAAGAAAUUACCAGCUGUAAAGAUUUUUCUUCAACUAAUGCGAGCUGAUCUGUCCUAUCCAAGUCACUGCUGUGCUUUCAAGAACUGGAAAAAAAGCAGUGGAAUUCUGGAGUAUCUGAUGUGUAACCAGACCAGCAGUCACAGCUUUCGUAAGAGAAGAUCAGCCAAAGCUCUCAGAGGUCCACUUUACAAAGAUUAUACAGAAGAAUACACAGACCACACUGAUACUACGUAUGACAAAAACAGGAAUUUUCAUGAAAAUUCCCAAUAUUACAUUUUUUUCGAAGAUCAUGGGGAAGGAAAUGUUGGAUUUGGCCAAGAGCUGAAGAACCCUCAAACAGAAGACAUGCAGACCUUUGACAGUCAUUAUGACUAUCCUGUCUGUGGAGGCAACGAGGAUGUAAUAUGCACUCCAGAACCUGAUGAGUUUAAUCCCUGUGAGGACAUAAUGGGAUAUCAAUUUCUGAGGAUUGUGGUAUGGUUUGUGAACCUGCUGGCCAUACUAGGUAACAUUUUUGUCCUUUUCAUCCUUCUGACCAGCCACUACAAAUUGACUGUACCACGCUUUCUUAUGUGUAACUUGGCCUUUGCUGAUUUUUGCAUGGGGUUAUACCUUCUCCUGAUUGCUUCAGUGGAUCUCUACACCAGGUCAGAGUACUAUAAUCAUGCUAUAGAGUGGCAGACAGGGCCUGGUUGCAACACAGCAGGCUUUUUCACAGUCUUUGCUAGUGAACUUUCUAUAUACACACUCACUGUGAUCACCCUGGAGCGCUGGUAUGCCAUCACAUUUGCCAUGCGCCCAGAUCGGAAGAUUCGCCUCCGGCAUGCUUUGGUUAUCAUGCUGGGAGGUUGGCUCUCGUGCUUUCUUCUGGCCCUUAUGCCACUGGUUGGAGUCAGCAGCUACAGCAAAGUCAGCAUCUGCUUGCCUAUGGACACAGAAACACCAGUGGCUGAAGCCUACGUUGUCUUUGUUUUAAUAUGUAACAUCAUCGCUUUUGUCAUCAUUUGUGCCUGCUACAUAAAAAUCUACAUCACUGUGCGAAACCCUCAGUACAAGUCAGGGGACAAAGACACCAAAAUUGCCAAACGGAUGGCUGUGUUGAUUUUCACUGACUUUCUGUGCAUGGCUCCCAUCUCUUUCCAUGCUUUAUCUGCCAUUAUGAACAAACCAUUGAUAACUGUCACUAAUUCGAAGAUUUUGCUGGUACUCUUUUACCCACUCAAUUCUUGUGCCAACCCAUUUCUAUAUGCUAUUUUCACCAAAGCUUUCCGAAGAGAUGUGUUUAUCCUGCUAAGCAAGUUUGGAAUAUGUGAGCAUCAGGCUCAAGUCUACAGAGGUCAGACAAUCUCAGCCAAAAACAGCAGUGGCUCUUACGGGCAGAGAAUCAGCCGAGGUGUAGGUCAGAUUCUUACAAGUAUUCAAGACCCGGUCAAUGAUUACCUUCCUGCUAUGACAAUGCAAAACCAAAUUCUUGUGGAGGAAUCCAAGCAAACUGAGCUAUGA